AUGGCGGCGGGCGGUCUUCGCGGUCUGGCGGUGGCUGGCGGAGGCGAGAGUAGUGAGAGUGAAGAUGAUGGCUGGGAGAUCGGGUAUCUCGACCGGACGUCUCAGAAAUUAACAGGUCCGUUACCUACUGGAGAAAAGAAUGAAAUAUUUAAGAAAGCACUGACUACAGGAGAUAUUUCGUUGGUCAAGGAGCUCCUAGAUUCUGGAGUUAGUGUAGAUGCCAGCUUUCAGUUUGGAUGGACACCUCUUAUGCAUGCUGCUAGUAUUGCCAAUGCAGAGCUGGUUCGGGUCCUUUUGGACAGAGGUGCUAAUGCAAGCUAUGAAAAGGAUAAACAAACUAUUUUGAUAACUGCAUGUUCUGCGCGUGGUGCACAGGAACAGAUCUUGAAGUGUGUAGAACUACUACUUUCAAGAAAUGCUGAUCCAAAUGUUGCUUGUAGGAGAUUAAUGACUCCAGUCAUGUAUGCUGCACGAGCUGGUCACCCUCAGGUGGUUGCUCUUCUUGUUGCUCAUGGAGCAGAAAUUAAUACCCAGGAUGAGAACGGUUAUACUGCUUUAACAUGGGCAGCACAUCAGGGUCAUAAAAAUGUUAUUUUGAAAUUGCUUGAACUUGGAGCUAAUAAAACGCUACAAACCAGUGAUGGAAAGACACCAAGUGAGAUUGCAAAUAGAAAUAAACAUCUAGAGAUCUUCAGGUUACUUUCUUUGACAUUAAAUCCUUUGGAAGGAAAGCUUCAACAAGUAACUAAAGAAGAGACUAUUUGUAAACUGUUUACAACAGAUUCUGAUAAAGAAAAAGAUAGUAUAUUUAGUUCAUAUGCAGCGUUUGGAGAGUUGGACAUAUUUUUACAUGGUCUUGGACUAGAACAUAUGACAGAUUUAUUAAAGGAAAAAGAUAUAUCGUUAAGACACCUUAUGACCAUGAGAAAAGAUGAAUUUUUAAAGAAUGGAAUUGCCAGUAGAGAUCAGCAGAAAAUUCAGUCUGCUCUGAAAGAAUUAGUGGUAGAAGAAAUAAAAUUUGGAGAACUACCUGAAGUGGCAAAGUUGGAAAUAAGUGGUGAUGAGUUCCUCAGUUUCCUUCUGCAAUUAAACAAACAGUGCGGCCAUUUAAUAACAGCGGUUCAGAAUAUCAUGACAGAAUUGCCUGUAAAUUCUCACAAGAUAGUACUAGAAUGGGCUUCUCCCCAGAAUUUCACUUCUGUUUGUGAAGAACUGGUUACUAAUGUUGAAGAUUUGAAUGAAGAAGUCUGCAAAUUAAAAGACUUAAUUCAGAAGUUGCAAAAUGAACGGGAAAAUGAUCCAACUCAUAUACCAUCAGUGGAAGAAGUAUCUUCAUGGAAUAGUAGACUUUUGAAGAGGACAGCUCUUACAGUAUGCGGAUUUGGGUUUCUUCUUUUCAUCUGCAAGCUAACUUUCCAGAGAAAAUAA